CUACAGGUAACAUGCGCAACCUGUGGGUUUUACUGUAAAGUUUAUCAAAAUAUGUGACUAUCAUUUAUCUCAAAAUGAAAACAUUUAUUGAGGCUAAGAGAGGACAAUGGAAUCCUGUUAUAUGAAGAAAAGAAUAAAGAAUUUAAUUUGAAACGACAGCAUAAUAAAACCUGCCACCAUGAAUAGAGCAAGAGUUCGUAAAUUAUUAAAAUUUAAAACAAAGAGCACCACAGAUUUGUCAGCUUGGAACAAAAAUGAUGAAAAGUUACUGAAAGCUGUUGAAGCCUCAGAUUUAAAGAAGGUCAACAGUAUACUAUCAAAGAAAACUUUAGUGCCAAAUAAACUGGGACCAAGAGGACACUCUGUAUUUCAGAUAGCAUGUGCUUCAGGUAAUGAGAAUAUAGUAGAUGCAUUACUACACUACACUGAUGAUGUCAAUGACCUUACAAUUCAAGGUAAUACAGCUUUACAAUUGGCAGCUGCUAAAGGUCAUACAGGAAUUGUACAAAAGUUACUGCAGGCUAAUGCUGAUGUAGAUAUGAAGGAUAGUAAUAAUAUGACAGCAUUACAUCAUGCCUGUGCUGGAUUACAUUUGGAGUGUGUUCAAGCUUUAUUAAGCGGAAAUGCCAGUCCAAGAUCAACAGAGAAGACGGGUAAGACAUCUUUGUUCUAUGCUGCCCACAGAGGUGAUAUUGCAAUCUGUAAAUGGUUGGUAGAUAAAGGUUCAGAUGUAAAUACACAAGAUAUUUAUCAGGUUACACCUCUAAUGAUAGCAGCUAAAGAAGGUCAUAGAGAAAUUUGUGAAUUCUUGUUAAGAAAAGGUGCCAAUCCACAAAGUAUGGAUAGAGAAGGUAAAACAGCCCUGGGGUAUGCUGUUAUGUCAGGACAUGCUGAAAUAAGAGAAGUAUUUGAUAAUGCACCAACCAGAGCAUCAUGGGAUGUACCGAUACCUACGUAUAAUGAAAGAGAAGUGAAAUAUCCCGAUUCAACAGAAUUAAAGAAAGCACAACUUGUUAAUAACCAAUUUGAUACAAGUAAAACUCUUACACAGACUGAUAUGGUAUCUAGAUUUCAAGAAUCACCAGCAUCAAACCGUGUGGAAGAGCAGAUUGAUCAUGAUAUUCAUGAUGAUUUGACUGAAGAUUUAAAGAGAACAGCAUCAGCUCCUAAUUUAUUAAGUGUAUCACCUGAUUCUUCUGAUGGCAGUAAUAGCAAGAAGUUAAAGGAGUUACAAGAAGAACACGAUCAGUUGAAUGAGGAAUAUCAUAAACUAUCUAUUGAUAAUCUAAAAUUACGUGAUAAAUUAGAGGCUUCAGAACAACGAUUUAAGAAAGAAAAAGAACAGGGUAAAGGUGAGACUCAGAUACCAGAAACAGUUACAAAAGAGAUAAACAAUUUAAAAAAAUUAUUAGAGGAGGAAAAAGAGAAGAAUCAAGAAUUAUCACAGUUCAUAGAAGAAAAUAAGAAAACACCACCAGUAAUAAAGAAACUAGGAGAAGAUGGUUGGCAAGAAAGUGAUGAUGAAUCAGGAGAUAGUGCAAAUGAAGAUAGUAAAAAGAUGGUGGUUUUAUUACGCAGUCAAAUUCUAACUUUAAAUCAGGAGAACGACCAAUUAAAAGAAAGAUUACAGAAUUUACCUAAUGGUUAUAAUGAAGGAGGUAGAGUUGUAUUAGAUCAGAUAGCUACAGGUGUAUCCUUAAAAGAUUUAGAAGAAUUAAAUGAGAAAGUUGAACAGUUAGAGUCAGAAAAACAAGAGUUACAAACUCAAGUUUUACAGUUGAAGGAAGCUACGGAAGUGGAGAAAUUAAAUGGUGCCAUUACGUACGAGGAACUAGCUAGUCAGAAUAAUGAACUAGAACUACAACUUCAAGAAAUAAAACAUAGGGUACAAGUAGAAAAAUUAGCAACAUCGGACUUGGAAUCAGUUAGUGAAUCAAAGGAUUCUAUCAAAAACAAUGAACUUGUUAAACAGGAAAAUUUGAAAUUAAAAGAGGAAUUAAGUAGAUUAAAAUCCAUUACAUCUGUAGAUAUGGACAAUUCUCAAACUUCGGAAGAUUUGAAUAGGUUACAGACUUUACUCGAUGAGUAUAAACAUUCUAAUAAAGUUCUCUACGAUGAGAACAGUAAUCUUAAAGAAGUACUCAGUAAAAAUGUAUCUUAUAAUAGUGAAUCAGGUGAACAAGACGAACUACUGAGAGAAUUAACAAGUUUAAAACAAGAAAUUAUUAUGUUGAAAUCAACAGCACCAUCUAGUAGAACAGAAUCGGAUGACAGUGGAGAUGUGGAACCUGUGCCAGCAUCACAGAAAAUUCCGGAUACAAAAGAUGAAGAUGCUGCCAGAAUUGAAAUACUUGAAAAUCAAAAUGAGAAACUACAAGAUCAAGUGACCAUUUUGAGCACAGAGUUGAAUAAAUUACGAACCACAUUUGACGCUAUUUUAAAAGCAGGUGAUGAUUUACAAGAAGACUUCGAUCAGCUUCAACAAGAGAAAGAACAAAUUCAACAAGAAUACGAAAAGGUCAUGAAUGAUAGAGAGGAAUUUACGAAAGAAAAUACCUACUUGUUACAAGAUAGUAAUCAGAUGCACGAUGAUCUGACAAAACUUGUGUACGAACUCGAACACUUACAAGAAAAAUACAAAACUGUGAUAAGCGAGAAAGAAGACUUGGAGAGGAAAAUCAGUGCUGUUAGUUUAGCCGGAAAGGUUGGCGAGGUGGCGACAUUGUUGGAAGAGCGAGACAAACUACAACAAAAAUACGAUGAUUUAGAGGAACGAUCUUCAACCCUUCAACAUGAUCACGACAUAGUUCUUGAAGAAGUCCAGAGUUUGCAAGAACAGAUUAGUCAGUUAUCAACUCAACGCGAUGCGAUGUUUGAAGAUUUGGACGAGUAUGAAGGAAUGAUGCAACAGCAUGAGAUAUUGCAGCAGGAUUAUAACCAGUUAGAACAGGAUUAUACAGAUCUCCUGAAAGAGAAAGAGAAGUUAGAACAGGAAUUGUUAGAGGUUCAAACCACCAGUAUCAAAAUAGAAAGAACGUCGGCUACAGAUGGUCAACAAGAAUUGAUUGAAGAAAAUAAAAUGUUAACAUAUGAGAAAGACCAGUUAGAACUAACAAUAGAUGAAUUAUCUAAAGCUAACGCGUUAUUAGAAGAAGAAAUUCUCGUAAUUAAAAAAAUACAGCCCGAGUUAUCCCUCCACAAAAAGUUAAAUAAUAAUAUUGAUAAUGUUGAUGAAGAACGUGAAAAAGAAAUUAGAUCAUUACAGUCACAGAUUAGUAUUCUAAAGGAAAAAAUAGAUGCCAGUGAGAAAUGUCACAAUGAAGUUAUUAGUAUGUAUAGAACACAUCUUGUUAGUGCUGUUCAGGGUCACAUGGAUCCAGACGUACAUCAAGCUUUACAUCAGAUUAUUGAAAUACGCAGCAUGGAACAAUUCUGUUAACCAGAGUAACUCACAAAAUUUGUAUCAUUCAAAAGUUGUAACAUUCCAUUAUAUCAGACAUAUGUCUAUAUGGUUAUUUAUACAUGGUUUUAUUCAAGUGCCUGUCUAUAAUAUUUUAUUUGCCUUUUUUAAUUGGGAUUAUCCUGUUUCUUUUUUACUGAUAUCCCAGUCUUUCCAAAGAUUCUGUUUUUAUUAUACAUAAUGGAGUUUUUUUUGUACUUUUAUUGUAUAUGAGGGGAUUUAUUAUAUAAAGUUAUACUGGAUAACAAAGAUAUCUACACUACAGAUUGAAAACCAGUUGCUUCAUACAUAUAAUGGUUGUGAAUCCCAUCGUUCAUGUGGGAUUCCACUGAGAUUUAUACUGAAUACAGGACUGCUGGAGAAUGUGGGGUUUAUAUGUCUUCCACUAUUAGAGAGCAUUCAGACUUAGUUUCAAAAAUGGAAUCAAAUAGGAUUCGGUGAUUGUUAAAUUUGUCUUUGCAUUGACUGUAUUCAUAAGGCAUGGAUUAUCAUUUUGAUUAAUCGUGACAGUAAUUACGGUCAAGUUCAUUAAACAUGAGAAAUGGUUUUACUUUUUUUUCUCCACUGUUGAGAAAGUGGUAAACGCAAGUCAAACUUGGUCCUAAAUACCUAUUCACGUUUUCAAACUUGGAAAGACUAUUUUCUCCAGUUUUCACGAAAGCAUUAAUAUUUCCCAUUUACGUUUGAGUGUGUACCAUAAAUGUUUUGAAAAAAACAAAACCAUGUCCAGGUGUACUUUUAGGGUUUUAUUAUUGUUUUUAUUAUUUUAUACAUGUAUGGUAUGUUUUAAAGUGGGAGUAGCCCAACACAAUGUUCAUUUUUUAUGGCCAUAAUAUAAUGAAGAUGAUGUAAGAUUUAACUUCAGACUGUAGUUUUAAUAGACCAAUCUCUAAUGUUUAUAUUCUGGUGUUUACUGGAUAACCAAGACAUAAUACCCAAUUUUUUUUUCAGAUAUUAAACAGUGCGUUUAAAGAUAAUAUUAAGCUUUAGAAGACUAAAAGAAUAUUGGUCAGAAUUUAAUGAAUUUUGUUAUGUAUAAGCUAUAAAACUAGAACAGAAUAUUGUUAAUUUUUUAAAAUUUACUUCCUGGGGCUACUACCACUUUAAAAUAAAGAUACAUUGUGUGUAGUGCCAUGUAUCAAUAUGAAAUGCCAGUAUAUUUGCCAAAUUUGUUGACAUUGGAUUUUAAGAUGACGUUGUUACAGAAUAAUUUUUUAAAUACAGUUUUUAUGCAUUUCUUUAACUAUUUGUACUUAACCCUUGUGCCUCCCUUCUUUUUAAUCAAAUUUGUUUUAAUCAAAUUUGUUAUAACUGAUGCCUUUUUUUUAUUUCUUAUAUAAACAUAUUCUAGUUAUUGAGUGUUUUAGAUUUUUAUAGCCUUCAAUUACUGGUACAUAAGAAUUUUUAAAAACUUUGUUUUUUCUAUUAUAAUCAGGCACUGCCUCAUACAUAUCAUAUAUUAGCCUCUGUCACCCAGAUCAUCACUAUGUAUGUCCAAUUUCUGGGUACUUUCAACACAAAAAGUAUUUGUGACCUAGUCUACAUUCUUGUUCCGAUAACUGAUUGGUAGAAAAUAUUAGCUCUGGAUCUUCUAUAAUCACAAUUAACCAGACCAUUUCAACUUUUGUUUUCUACAGUUGAUAUAUUUAUAGCUCUGGUCUUCGAGCCCUCGGAUUAUUUCUCCGCCAUGUGACUAAAAAUACCUAAACCUAGGAAUAUUAUACAUCAUCAGAUCUGGCUUCAAAAAUAUAAAGUUCAUUUCAGCAUGAUGGAAAUUGACAAACUGACAAUCAGUAAUUAUGAGUUGAUUUUCAAGGUGGCACAUGUUUUUCAAUUUAGCUCCCUUGAAUUUUUGCCCAAGGUGGAAAUUUUGUUGAAAAAAAAUAAAAAGUGUAUAUUUUUCGUGUGGGUAACAGAGGCUAAUCAAAAUUCAGGUCAAAUUAUUGAUAUUCAAAAAAGAGUAUUAUUUCUUGGCAUAAUCAAACACAUUCUAUAUAAACGCUUAUAAAUAAAAAUAAUAACAUUCCAUACAAAUUUAAUUCAUCAUUCCACUUUGUACAUAGAUUAUAAACCUUAAAGUACACAGAUUUCUGAAUUGUACAUGAAUUAUAAAUAGAUGAUUGGUGUAAAAUAUAUUUUAAGUUAAUGAAUUGGUAGAGAGCAUUUAUUUAACAUACAUUGUAUGACUUAUUCAUUUGUUUUACAAGCAAUUUUAGCAAAACUUUCAUCAGUUGAAUUGUACUUAACUCGUUUUACUCCGUCAAAAGUGUGCUUGAUGAAUUUAUGAGAAUUUCUCUGAAUAAAAUACUAGAAAAAAUCUAAAUCAUAUUCUUAAAUAUUAGUGCGUCUCAAAAUCAAAUAUUUAUUUUGUCUCAGUGACAUAUUAUAUUAUGAUGUGUUAUUAGUAAUAUUUGUAUAAUAAUCAUUUACAUGAUAAAUUAAUAAGGUAAAUACUUGAUUUAAAUUAAAACAUAAAAGAAUGUUGUUUAUAUUAGCCUGCAUAUAGAUCAUUAUAAGCUUGUGUGAUUUGUAAGAAUAAUCAAAGGAUAUAUAUUGAAAUCUAAUACAUAAUCUUGUAUUUUGUAGGUUUCACUAACAGCACAUUGAUGACUCGUCUUCCUUUAUGUCAUGCUUUAACAUCAUUUAAACUUUAAUUAAUCAUUUUUAUCUAUGUGUAUAAUUACUUCCAUUCCAAAAAUAAGGACAAGGUUUUGCAUAACCACAGUGUUUAUGAAUAAUGAUUACCACAUAAAUACUGAAUUACGAUACUUUUAAAGCAUUGAGAUGGCAUUGUAUAGAAUGAGAAUUAUUGAACUAAACGGAGCUAACCGUAACUCUUGUGCAUGUUUAUUAUAUAUCCCAAUGAAAAGUUGCCCUAACCCCAAAUACUGUGGUUACGAAUAACUUCUUCUAAAAGAUAGUUUUAAAUUAAUAUCCAACAAUGUAAUGCACAUGUCACCAUUUCUUCCAUCUGACAUAUUGUAAAAGAUAAUAAAAAGUUAUAGUAAGUAUAUUCUGUUCUUAAAAAAACCCAAAACAACCCCAGUUAAGUUGACUAAUUUUCAUACCUGUAGAUCAUUGGAGAAACAAUCUCUGUAAAACAUAGAAUCACAUCAUAGAUGUAUUACCAUGAUAUCAACAACCCAUACCAUAGAAACACAUAUGUUAGUGCUUUAUUUGUUGUGUAAUACUGUGUGCUGAUAAUCAAAAUAUAUUUCCUAUUAUCAAAUAAUUUACUUUCUCUAGCACAAUAAGAAUGUACAUAAUAAAUACUGGUAUAUUAUAAAUUCUGUAAUUAACUCUCUAGUUUUAUUGAAUAGAUGAAAGUGAACUAAAAAUGAUCAUUUAUUAUAGAAUUAAUAUAGGGAAAGGGAUCAUUUUGAAAUGUUUUAUUUUAUAUGAAACAAAUAAAAAGUAUUUUUUUAAGAAUACAUUGAUUACGACCGGCUGGUUCAUAUGAUGUGUUAUUUUGUUUAGUUAUUAUUAGGCAAGUUCUAUAUGAUUAAAUCUUUGAUUCCAAAGUUUGUUUAUUAAAUGUAGUUUAAAUUUGGGCAUACUGUGUUGACAGUGGAACACAAAGUACUGGCCAUGCCAUACAUAAAAUUAAUACAUAAAAUUCUAUAUCGACCAUUUUGGUUUUCACCCAAAUCCUAAGAAGCAAAGUCAUUUUAAUAUCAGCAUAUAACUUUUUAAAACUAAUACCAUAAUAAAUAUCAAAACGUCAUUUAAAUAUCAGCAUGUAACUUUUAAAAUCUAAUACCAUAAUAAAUAUCAAAAUACCACCCAUUGUAACAUGUUAUUCUUGUAUAUAUAUAUAUAUAUAUAUAUCAUGUGGUGUGUAAUAAUUUUAUACAUAAUAUUUUUAUACUUUAAAUGGAAUUUGAAUAGUUGAUAUUAAUAAAUUUAGGGUUAGUAUUACACAGAUAAGGCAUUUUUGUUUCAACAACAGAUCACUUUAUAUUUAGUUAAUGGACAAUCAUAUCUCUCCAAAAGGUCUUAGAUAUUAAUUUAGAUUGUGUGUUUAUUCAACUAUAUAUAAAGUAGUUUAAUGUUGCAACAAAAGGGUCUUGUCAUUAUUAUUAUAUCAUGUUUGUUUUAUUUUAUAACCAUAAGGUUUUUUGUUUAAUGAUUUGAAGCAUAUUUGUUAUUUAUUUUUUAUGAGUAUAUAUUUAAUAUUUUAUCACUGGUAUUAUUUAAUAUUUAAGACAAUAUCUGUGAACCACAUGUAAACAUAAACACUAGCAUUAAAUUGUCAUAAAUCAAUUCAUAUUUUCA